AUUUGUUCUUUUUAGUUGAACUUUUUGCACCAGCUUUUCUCCUUUUUUUCUCCACGUUGAAGCAAAAAAGAAGACUAAAUAAGCGAACUUGUCCGAAGAGAGAGAAUCGCGCAAAUGUGGGGAAUUAUAAUAUUGAAAAAGAUGAUAUAGAAAUAGAUGCGAUCGAUGUAACUGUCAGUGAGUAACGCAGCGAGCUAACCUGAAAACACGUGACGCCUCGCAUAUUUUUCGAUUUGGCUCUUGCGUGUUACUACGAAUUAUGAGAUUGCAUUUUAAGGCUUUAUAAUAUCUACAAACAAUGCGUCGUGCACGUAUUAAAGCUUUUGCAGCUGUGCCAAUUCGAAAGAGGCUUCUGCAAGAUUCAGUAGACUCUGCUGAUGCUGAUAUAAUUGAUAAGGAGAAGAAAAAAGAAGACAUAUUUAAUAUUGAUGUAAUAAAACAAGAAUCUACUAAAAAUCUUGCUAAAAUAGGAGAAGAGGAAUAUCAAGAUGUUUCCAGAAUUUGUGUAUCACAUCAAGAAAAGCAAGAUGAGGAAUGUGUACCUACCACUAUUGAUAUAUCGAAACAACAAGAACAGAAAGGAGAUAUAUCUAACACUGAUAUAUCAGCACAAGAAGUUGCUAAAGGCAUUUCAAAAGUGCAAGAAAAAGAUACUAUUAAAGAACCUAUUAGGAAUGAACAAAAUGAAAUUACUUUAAAAGAACCAACUAUGGUUAAAAAAUCAGAUUCCCAAGAAUUAUCUUCUCCACAAAAAUCAAAUUCUCAAGAAUUAUGUACUUCGACAAAAGCAAAUUCUCAAGAAUUAUGUACUUCGACAAAAGCAAAUUCUCAAGAAUCUCCAUCAUGUACUGGAAAAUCUAACAAAGUUACCGAUCAAUUAGUUCAGAAAAGUAUUUUACCAUCAGAUGUGCCUACAGUAAUAGAUAUAACCUCUCCUACAAAGAUACAAAGUCGCCCAUGUUUUAUGAGACCUACACCAAGGUUGGAUAGUGGUGGUAGAAUAAGAAAGAACAGUAUACAGGGAAGCGGUGCAAGUGCGAGCGAAUCCGAAGACGAACACAGCAAGAGGGUGGCAUCCGUCAUACCAAGUCGCGUACGAAAUGAUUCUGUUUGUUCUGUACAAAGCAAUAAGGAAAGUACUGUCAACGACAAUCAAGAUAAUUCUCUGAGGAUUAAAACGACGCAGAAAAGGCGUAUGCUAGUUUCAGAAUCCGCGAGAAAGUUGGCCGAAGCUAGAAGGGAAUUUUUGCUAAAACAUGAAAAUAGAACACCUGAUAGAAGCCAAUUGAAAAUGUACGAUUUGAUAUACUAUAAUCCCGUGACGAAUCCUAUGAAAAAAUCUAAUCCUUUGUCGUCAACUGAACGAAAACAAGUACCUACACAAUCGAUGGAAAUACCAGAAGAAGAAGAAGAGGAUGAUCCACCGGCAAUGCCGACGCCGCAGGUGAAAGUUGGUCCGGAUGGUCAGUUGAUAAUCGAUGAACGAAGUCUCGUGAUAGAACAAACAGAUGCGAGAAGAGACGGAGAAUUAUUGUCGAAUGAAACGACUAUUGAAGAUGAUAAUUCCCAUAGCGGUGGUUUCUAUAAAAAGCAUAAGAGGAGUAAAGAGUGGCCGAAAUGGGAGACGUUUAAAUUCUACAGAGUUUUAAACGUAGUAGGGACAGAUUUUUUGUUGAUGCAAACACUCUUCCCGAAUAGAAGCAGACAGGAAAUUAAACAGAAAUAUAAGAAGGAAGAGAGAGUUAAUCGACAAUUGGUUGAGAAAGCUCUCAAAUAUCAUCAAGAAUUUGAUACCGAUAUGUUAGAAGAACAAUUAGCAAUGUUACAAAAAGUAGAAAAUAUACAAAGCACACCUAAAACAGAAAAGAUUAAGAACGGACAACGCAUGAGCAGAGCGGAGAGGAAACGCAAGCAUCGAAUGGCAGCAGGGAGUAUUGGAGAGUGUGAAGCAUUGUCCAACGAUCAAGAAACUGAGGAUACAGUGGUAUCGACAAAUGAUGAAAUCGAUAUAGAAAUGAUUAACGAUAUAAAUAAUAUUCAGCAACAAAUGAGGAAGGGAAGUAAAAUGCGUAAGUUGAAAGAGCGUUCAGAUGAUAGAUCCGAAAAAUAUGACGAUUGUAGUUCUUACACCGAUUUCGAUGCCGAUUCGGACAGUUCUGAAGAGAUUUAUAAACCCAGACCAACUAGAUCUGGUAGAUUAACGAAAAAAAUGAGAAAGUUCCAAACGCCUGACUUUAAUACGCUUAAUUGUACUAAGAAUGAAUCGGAUAAUGAAUCGGAAAAUAGCAAGAUACCGUCACAUGUAGCUGUGGAAGUUACAGAGUACGUAAAUAGAUCAGCCACGGAUAGUAUAAAUAUGGAAACAUCUAAUUCCAAUAAUAUUAUGACGAUGAUACCCGAUAUUAAUCAAAUGGAACCAGGAGCCGUAGUAAUCGUUUCGAAAGAAUCUACAGAGAAUCCUGGAAAUACUAUUUUACAAGUUUAUAUGGUUGCCUCAAACAUCGACUCUAACACCACAGUUACAUCUAGCGUGACAUCUAUGAAUCCAUCGGAUUCUUCUAACAUUAAAACGAAAGAUAUCGAGUCGAUUAACGUGGUAGAUGAUUGUGAAAAAUGAUCUUUUGCAUCGCAUUUAGUUAUAAUUUAAUUUUAGAUAGAACUGCAAAUAGAACAUAUUUUCAGGAAGUCGGAACGUUAAAACAUUGUAAAUUUAUGUAAACUAUGAGAAAUUUUAAUUUUU